AUGGAAAACAUCUCCUCUUCCCAUCACAUUCUUACUGUCACGGCUCUGAAUGACUGGGACUGGACCAGCAGGAUCUUAUUUUUUUCCUUUGCACUUCUUGUAUAUCUUGUAACUAUUGUUCUGAAUGCCACCAUGAUAAUGAUUAUUGCAUUUGAGAAAGCUCUGCAUGAGCCCAUGUACAUUUUCUUGUGUAAUCUGUGUAUCAAUGAUCUAUGUGGAAUCACUGGGUUUUAUCCCAGGGCAUUGACAUAUUUACUUACAGAAAGAAAUGUGAUUUCACUUGAGGAAUGUAUUGUUCAAGAUCUUGUCAUCAUUGUCUAUGGAGUUGGUGAAUUCACAAGUUUAAGUGUCAUGGCUGUUGAUAGGUACAUAGCCAUAUGUCGACCAUUACAUUAUCAUAGUAUUAUGUCACCUUUCACAGUGCUGUGCCUGCUGUUUUUUAUUUGGGUAUUUUCUUCUUCUGUGGGUCUAAUGGCAAUCUCAUUGACUCUGAAGUAUCCUAUUUGCAGACAUGACAUUAACAAACUUUUCUGUGAACACCUUUCCUUGAUGAAACUUGCGUGCAAACAAGAUUUUUUUCAAGGGAUAUUUAAUGGAUUUCUCUACAUUAGCAUGAGUGUCCUUUUGGUUUUUGUUCUGUUUUCCUAUUUAAAAAUAAUUCUUGCUUGUAGAAAAUCUAAAGUAUGUCGAGAGAAGUUCUACAGCACAUGUAUGCCACACUUGAUUACCUUUCUGAACACAAGCUGUGGUAUAUCUGAUUCUCUUUGCACACAUUUUAAUGUAGAAACACUGUCUCGUAUAGUAUAUACUUUUUUGUCUAUAAUAAACUUAACUCUUCCCCCUUUUGUCAACCCUCUAAUUUACGGUAUAAAGUUAGGUCCAAUCAGAGCAAAAAUAUUUUAUAUUUUUAAAGGCCAAAGAUUAAAUGAACUGUAG